AACCCGAAACCCUAAUCUAAGGAGUUCAUAAGUUUAGAUGUUAUUUGAGUGUCUAUAUCCUUUGAAUUGUGGUGGAGCUGUGGUCGUAUUGGUGAUAUGGAGAAGAAAUGGGUUUUAUCUUUAUUGCAGGAAGUGGAGAUGUGAUUGCCCGCUCAUCACAACCUUUAUUUGGUUUGAUGAUGAACAUGAGGAGUCCCAAAAAAAGACACUUGGUUCUGCGUCACACAAGAAGACUUCCUUUGUUGUUAAGGCUGCUUCAACUCCACCUGUCAAGCAAGGAGCAAACAGACCAUUGUGGUUUGCAUCCUCUCAGAGUCUCACUUACUUAGAUGGUAGCUUACCUGGAGACUAUGGAUUCGACCCACUUGGUCUUUCAGACCCAGAAGGUACUGGAGGAUUCAUUGAGCCGAGAUGGCUAGCAUACGGAGAGAUCAUCAACGUACUGGCGGAUCCCGUCAACAACAACGUCUUGACCAGCCUCAAGUUCCACUGAGAUGAUCAUCCAUCUCAUGUGUUUUAUGUCUCUUUGUAUCCUAAAUCUUUCUAUCUCUUGCUACCAUUGGCUUCUUCGUAUUGUAACACCCUGUGUAAACAUAUUCUUGUUUUGUAAGAAAUGACAAUGUCAAUG